CCUUGGUGACGUACUCAGCUCCUCCCCGCUCCUGCUUCACAACCUUCAGGAUGGCAGUUAGAGAACUUGUGAUGCUGGCCAUGGUGCUGACAAUGGGAGCAGCACAGGCGAGUGAAAAGAAGGACGAGGGUCGUUUUAUCAUCACGUCGGCGAAUGGCAACGACGACAUGAUCAACGUCACGGUCGGCUUAAACUCAAUCGUCAUGAUGAGCCUGGCGCUGAUAGGCGUGGUUAUUGCCGCCGUGGUGGUGUCGCAGCUCACCGACCAGAGCAAGGAACAGCCAACCUAUCAUUCCGCUCCCUCGUCUUACGAAGCAGAGACCGCCCACGACAAGAGCUACGCAGUCCACAGUUACAUCGAGAACAGCGACGCCAGGUACCGAUAAGAGGACACCACCCAUUUAGCCUCCUGACGUCACUGCUGCCGCCGCCGCCGCCACCACAACCACCGCAACUACUGCCACUUAGCAUUCCAAUAAUGACGCACUAAAACUGAUAGGUAUUAGAAGCACCACCACACUCCAACAUCACCACACGGCACUUGAGAGCACUACUGUCACAUAUCAACACCGUCAGCACCCUUAGCACUAUCAACAUCACUUGCACCAUAAGCACCAUCAGUCACCAUCACCGCAUAUCAGCACACUAUCACCUACUUGCACCAUCAGCACUACCACACACUUGCACCAUCACCACCACCAGCACUGCACAUUAUCAUCACCAUAAGCACCACCACCAGCACCAGCGCACUCCACCAUCAUUACCACCCAUGAACUACCACCACCCUGUUCCAUAUUCUCUCCCCUGCCUACCUAUCCUCACCCUGUCCUUGCACCCUGUCCCCUGCACCUGCACUCCCCCUCCCAUCCCCACCCACCAUGCACUUCACCCUCAGCAUCUCAAAGCAUAACAAGAGGCAUAACUAAAGCUCAUAGAAUACGUAUACGGAUAUUGAAUUUGCAAACGGAUUUUUCUUUUUCGCGAUGCAUUCAUAAAGGAGUCGCCAUUAUUAGAGAGUUUAUAUAAUUACAAUGGUUUGAAUAUUUUGGGAUUCUUAAAUUAAUCGUUAAAUAAUCCAGGUCAGUAUUUCUUUGGUACAUUUAAACGAUAGUACCAAGUUUGUUAGAGUUUUUUCUGUCAUGGUAAUUCUCUAGUAAAGACAGCACGUGGCGGCAUUACACUUACCAAUUAGUAUUCGAUAAAGUAAAGUAAAACACAACAAUAUUAACUUUCGAUCAUAACAACUGCACUGUACACGCUAUGAUACACACGUCCCUUUGAUUUAUAUAGGAAGCAAAACAAAAUUCAUCAGUUUUUGUGUGUAUCAAAUAUAACAUAUUCAUAACUACGUGCCUUAUGAAUCGAGGUAUAAUAAUAAUAAUAAUAAUAAUAAUAAUAAUAAUAAUAAUAAUAAUAAUAAUAAUAAUAAUAAUAAUAAUAAUAAUAGAAAUAUACGGUUUAUUAGGAAUGGCAGUACAUACAUAAUGAAAAUAAACAUAUGGAGAUUGGGGGGAGGCUUAAGAUUAGAACAUUAGCUUAGUUGUUUAUAGUAUACUUGUUAUGCUUACACCUGAAUAUCCAAAUACCCACGCACUUGUUAUUGUCCUAUUGCCCACAUCCACAUUCCCAUCCCGAUCACCUGUCUUCCCCCCAGAACACCCCGUCUCACUACACCCUCAUAACCUAAAUCCUUCCAAGUAUACCCAGUUCCUCCACAGUCCCAGCAACUCGUAUCGUUCCCCAGUAUACCUAAUCCUACAGUCAAAUAUCCUGUGUCCUACCCAAUUCCUACACCCAGUUCCUGAAAUAUCCCUUACCAAUAUCCAUCCUAGUACCAAAAUUCAGUCCACCAACCAGUAGCAAAUGUCCCGCAACCUGUAUCCCUUCCCAGUACCUAAAUCCCAGUUCCUAAAUUCCCUCCACCAUCUCAGUAACCAUAUAUACAUCCCAUAUUACCUGUAUCCUUCCCAGUACCUAAAUCCCGGUUCCUAGUAGCAUCCUUACCACCAUCCUAAUACCUGUAUAUACGAGUACAUGCCCAGUAACCUGCAUCCUUCCCAGAACCUGCACCCUGGUUCCUACAUCCUUACCACCUUCCCAGUAGCUACAAAUACAUCCCAUAUUACCUGUAUCCUUCACAGUACCCGCAUCCCGGUUCCUACAUCCUUACCACCUUCCCAGUACCUGUAUAUAUAUGUUCCCCUGUGGCCUGUAUCCUUCCCAGUACGUACAUCCCGGUUCCUACGUUCCUACCACCUUCCCAGUACCUCUGUCCCGGUCCAUAUACCCACCAGUACCCAAAAUCCAAUCCCUCCUGUCCCAUAUCCUGCGUCCCAGUACCUAACCCUACCAUAACCUAAAUCCUUCCUGUCCUACACCUCCAUAGCCUGCACCGGGUUCCCUACAGUCAUAACCUUACCUAUACCAGUUCUCUAUCCUACAAUUCCUCUUAACCUGCAUCCUCUUCCUAUGCUUUGCUUUCUAUAUGAGUAUCCUAUCCAUAUAUCCCUGUAAUAUAUCCCAUGCCUUAAAUCCUACACCAGAUCCUAUAUACUGCCACUGCACCCUGCCAUACACCCACCUCAUCCUUGAAAUCCUACUCCUGAAUCCCGUCCAUGCAUCCUAUCCUAAAGUCCUACAUUUAUAUCCUAUCAAUAUCAUCAGUCAUAUAACCAAAUUCCUUUUAUCCUGCCACAUCCUGCCACACCCCCACUCCUGUAUCCUGCAUUACACUCUGAUCUUAUGUCCUAUACCACUGAACCCGAUCCAUAUAUCCCAUCCCUAUAUCCUAUCCAAAUAACCUGCCAUAUACUCACUCCCUGUAUCCUACAUCCCAACAUCCUGCAGUACCUAAAUCCUGAUUAUCCAUUAUGCCCGAUACCUGAUUCCUUAUCCCAUACAUCAACCCCUAUCCUAAUCCCACUCUCACGCCAGUAUCCUACGUAUCUUGCACCUCGCACCUCAUGCACUUCAUCUGCCAUCCUGCACCUCCGCACUUCCUCACGUACACCUCCCCGCUGAUGGAAACGCCCACGAUCAUCAGUUGCAGUCUGACGCCCCUACUCACGCUACAUAACCUGGGGCUAAGUCAACGCCUCAUUCCUGGCGAAGAAGACAGUGCCAUACCCAGGUGAGCUAUCAAGGCAUCUGAGUGGAGCCACGAGCCAGGUGGAGUAAAGAGGUGAAUGUGACGCAGCAACGAGAGAAGAAAAUGGUGUUUAAUAUGAUCAUGGAAAAUGGAUAAUGAAAAGACGCGAACUUUAACCUCGAGAUGAGUAUGGAUGAUGGGUUAGUAAGUGGAAAAGGGAGAUGAUUUAAGAGACAAUGAAAACAGGACACGAAAUUUGCUUCACCUGCUAAAUUUGUCUUCAUGCAGUCCUGAAUUCAUGUUCCCCAUGGAGCCGCUCCACCCUGGCACUCAACACUUUCCUAAGAACACAAGACUGCAAAGGGCCGGUUGACCAUAAUUAAAACUCAUCUGUCAUUACCACCAGAGAUGCCUCACACAGCUCUUCCAGUUGCAUGCCGUGGUUAUUUAUAUUUAAUUUGGCUCUCAUUUGUUACCAAGGCGUGAAGUAUAUACUGUUUCAUCCUUCACGCCUUCGCCAUGAAUUAUAUAUUUCAUGGCGUAUGUUCAAUUUGAGUCAGGGAAGAGACAUGUCCAGUUAUCAGUGUCUCAUGUACAUAAAUGCUCGGAACUGAAUUGAUUGUAUAUUACUGAAUAAAUUAUUUGGUUGA